AUGGAGAACACAACACAAGUGACCACAUUUGUGUUCUCUGGACUGACGGAUAAUGAGAAGCUCCUUCCGUUCCUCUUCAUUUUCUUCUUAUUCAUUUACCUCCUAACGAUCAUGAGUAACAUUGGCAUUAUAGCUCUGGUCUGUAACACCUCCAGACUCCACUCACCCAUGUACUACUUCUUGAGUUGCCUCUCUCUUGUAGACAUCUUCUAUUCAUCUGUUAUUACUCCUAAGAUGUUUUCUGACCUGAUCUCGGUGAGGAAGGUCAUCUCUUUUAAUGGAUGCACUCUCCAAUUCUUUUUCUAUGCAGCUCUGGGAGGAACUGAGACCUUUCUUCUUUCUGCCAUGUCCUAUGACCGAUACAUUGCUGUCUGUCACCCGCUCCAUUAUAUGUCUGUAAUGACCAAGAUGAAAUGCUUAUGGAUGGUCAUUUUUUCCUUCUCCACUGGCUUCUUCCAGUCCGCAGUACAGACUAGCUGUGCAUUCAGUCUCAAGUUCUGUGCAUCAAACCUCAUCGAUCACUUCUACUGUGACAUCCCACCACUGCUGAAGCUUUCCUGCUCUGAUACUUUCUAUUGCACCAUUGUGACAAUCUACACCGUAGGCGUACUUACUAUUAGUUCACUGAUGGCGAUCCUGCUCUCAUAUCUAUUCAUACUUGCAUCAGUUUUGAGAAUGAAAUCUACUGAGAGCAGAAAGAAAGCCUUCAGCACGUGCUCCUCACAUCUCAUGUGUGCCUCAAUAUUUUUUGUGACUAUCUUCAUCACCUAUUUACAUGCUCCUUCUAGUGUUUUUACGAGCCAAGACAAGGUGGCUUCAAUCUUCUACUCAGCUGUGACACCAAUGCUCAAUCCCCUGAUCUACACUUUGAGGAACCAGCAGGUAAAAAGGAUAAUGGCACAAGUGGUGCAUAGUUCUCACACAAAGGGUCUGAAAAAUGUUGAAGACAUAUGGAGGUAG